AACAUGGUGGCCAUUGUAGCAUAUUUUGUCCCUCUUUUCCUUCUUCCCUUUUCUCUCUAUCUCUUCUCCAUCAUCUUGAGAAGAAGCUCCGAUGAUCGAAAAAAACUCCCUGCAGGCUCCCGGGGCUGGCCGGUCCUGGGGGAGAACCUCAAGUUCGCCCACAGCCCGGAGAAAUUCGUCACAGAAAAAAUGUCGAAACACUCUCCCGACAUCUUCCAAACCUCGUUGCUCGGAGAGAAAAUGGCAACGUUCUGCGGCGCGAAAGGCAACAAGUUCCUCUUCUCCAACGAGAACAAACUCUUCGCCUCCUGGUGGCCUCAAUCCCUCCGGAAAGUCCUGUGGUUUCCCCAAACAAAUUCCACCUACAACCGCAUCCUCCACCGCGACGUCCUGUCGCCCGAGGCCCUCAAGAAAUUCGUGCCCGUGAUGGACGCGCUGGCUCGUGAGCACAUGACGCGUCACUGGAGGCCUAACACCGUCGUGAAGGUUCUCCCGCUGUCGAAGAUUUACACGUUCGAGCUGGCGUGCAGGCUGUUUAUGAGCGUGGUGGACCCGAGGCGCGUGAAGAAGAUCUACGACCCGUUUUCCGAGGUGACGAGGGGGAUACUGUCCGUGCCCGUUGAUCUGCCCGGGACGGCCUACAGGCGCGCGAUCCGAGCAGGGGGGUUUAUUAGGGCGGAGCUGAUGAGGAUAGUCGAGCAGCGGAGGAAGGAGAUGCAACGGGACUUUCUUUCGAAGAUGGUGAUGCUGAGGGAUGAAGAUGGGGAUUUUUUGAAUGAGAAGAAGAUUUGUAAUGAAAUAAUUGUUAUGUUGCUUGCUAGUUAUGAUACAACUAGCUCUGCAAUUACUGGUGUCAUCAAUCAUCUUGCUCAAUUUCCCCAUAUUUACAAUGAGGUGUUUAAAGAGCAAAUGGCGAUAGCAGAGUCGAAAGGCCCCGGUGAGCUGCUGACGUGGGAUGAUAUUGAGAAGAUGAAGUACUCGUGGAACGUUGCCCGUGAAUCCCUCAGGCUUAUGCCUCCUGCGGUCGGAGCAUUCAGGGAAGCCACAACUGAAUUCACCUAUGCAGGUUUCACCAUUCCUAAAGGAUGGAAGACGUUCUGGACGGUGCACUCGACCCACAAGAAUCCCGACUGCUUCCCAGAGCCGGAGAGGUUUGAUCCAUCGCGAUUUGAGGGGAGUGGACCGGCGCCUUACACGUUCGUUCCAUUUGGAGGAGGGCCAAGAAUGUGCCCGGGGAAAGAGUAUGCUAGGCUUGAAUUGUUGGUUAUGAUGCAUAAUGUGGUGACAAGGUUUAGACUUGAGAAGACUAUCCCGAAUGAGAAGAUAGUUUACCAUGCUACGUCUACACCGGUUCAUGGCCUUCCACUUCGUCUUCAUCCUCAUCAAAAAUAGAUUAUGCAUCCCGAAUUUUCUCUUAAUAUUGUAUGAGUGAUUAGUAAUUUAAUGAUCUUAU